AUGAGAACUGGACCAGGAGUGCACUAUCCUAUUAAGUGGGUAUAUAUCCGUAAAAAUUUGCCCCUUAGAGUUAUCGAAGAAUUCGAAAAUUGGAAAAAAGUCUGUGACAUUGGUGAAGAUUGUGGAUGGAUAAAAGGCACUCUAUUAAGCAAUAAACGUUAUGUGAUGAUCAAGGAAGACACUUUUGGUUACAAAAAACAAAGUAUAGAUAGCACAAUUGCUAUGAAACUGGAUAAAUUUGUUAUAAUGGGAAUAGAAAAAUGCAGUGAAGAUAAGUGUCUAUUAGUUGCUUCAAAACGCAAAGCAUGGGUGCAGAAAGAAUUUAUAUGGGGAAUAGAAUAA